UGUCAGAUUGCCUCUUGCUCCAUUCUUUUAAUACACUCUGACCUCCGUUAUAAACCUAGCUACUUCUUUUGUGUCAAAUUUUAUUGCAGAUGUCUCUUAGAUCUUGUGCAGAAAAUCCUAGGUUAUAAUCCUCGAAGCAUCACGUGUAUGGAUUAUUUUUAGAAAGACUUGCAUUGAAAAUGGCAGUGAAUCAACUAGAGGACGUAAUUCAAAGAUGGAGAACAAUCGAUGAAAAAGACUUUACACUAGAGGAUCGAGAGCUCUUUCUGAAUGCUAGUCGUACCUGCAUUGCCCAGGGUGACAGUGCGCAACUCUUGGACUUUAUAAAAGAGGAGUCUAAUCGGCACUUAGUAAGGUCUAUGGGCAGUGGCCUACUGCCUCCACUGGUGAAUGAAGUGCUGAGGAAGGACCAGAGUCCUGCCCACUGUCAGGCUAUCCUCAUUCAACUCAUACAGAUCUGUGAUGUGAAAGAACUCCUCGAUAUUUUACACCAGCAAGUGGAGGACACUGAUCCAGAUGCCAUAGCAGACUCCAUCAUUGUUCUCAUGCCUCAUAUUCAGUCAGUACUGUUGAGAAUGAGGGAGUCGAAGGCCAGUGGAUUGGCUUGUGCCCUGGAUUGUCUACAGAAACAGAUUUCAAAGCUGCCUGUACCUUACUCACACAAACAGGAACAGGAAGAUAAGUAUGGGCUCUGCCGAUGCUGCAACGCAAUACUGACCUUUGUACAACCCUUUGUGCAGGAAGUCAAGAAUCGAGAAUUGAAGUCCAACAAUCAAGACAUGAAACUAAGAGCUGCUCUUCUCAAGUUUUGCAUGGAGAGCCUAAGGGAACCUCUUCUCCAAGCUCAACUGGACAAAGAGGUGAACACUACGGAUAAUUCACCCCUGCUGAAUUUUGCCACAGAAAUAAUGGCAAUCAUAACAGUGAUCCAAGAGCCCAUGCCAAAACUCUUAUUCUACCAUUCUUUAAGAGGGAAAGAAGAUACCAUUGUUCUGGAGAAGGGUGCUUGUCAUCCAAAUGAAUCAAGAGCUUGCAUGGCUUACUUGCUCUUUGUCCAGCGUAUUGCCAUGGAAGUGUUUCCUGCAGUUUUCAACCCUGUUUUUGUCCUGCAAUGUAAUAUGGAAUACAUCAAUCUUCUGCUGAGUAGAAAGGAUGAAUCGUGGAUUUUGAAAGGCUUGGACUUGAAUGUAAAAAGUUUGGAGAGAGUAACAGACAAUAGCCUCCCAGUGGAGCUCUUAGAGCUGAAACCAUUUCAUGAGGUUCCACAGAACUUAAUUAAAAUCAUGACUGACUGUCCUAUCCAGCAUUUGAGAGGAAGGAGUCUUGUGGUGUUCCAGCUCUUUAUAGAGAAGCUUAAUGGUGAGGCGAAGCACAGACUUUUCAGACGCACCAUGAAAACUAGCCAUCAUGCAGGUGUUGAGAGUAUCAUCAUCAAAAACAUCAAGAAUCAAGCGGAACUGUCCAGAAAGUCAGGUAACAAGGACGGCUGGUUUGAGGGGACAUGGCUUGUCACACUGCUGAAAGACACUAUCAUUCUCCCACAGGGCCAUGAAACUGACUUGCUACAUGGGAUGGACAGGGUCAUGGAGUCUUUAAAUCUCCUGCGGUACUUAUUAAUACGGGAAAGAGAGAUUUCUACCGGAAUAUGGACAGACUUGUGCCAUACUGCCAACAGUUACACAAAAAUAUUACGAGUGUGUCUAAGCAUGUCAAAAUCAUACUAUGGGACAGAGUUACAAAAACUGAGAGAGGACAAAAAGAUUAAGGCGAAAGAAUUUAAGGAGGCCUCUGGGAAGAGAUCAGUCCAGAGCAUGAUUGUAAAAACGGAGAUGCUUGGCAGCAUGCCACGUGAGGCUCAGGAUAAGGUCUUGCAGUGUGCCCUGGUGACAUAUGACUUAAUGGAGAGCCUUGUGGUCCAUAUAGAGGAGAUCAUAGAGGAGAGUCAAAAAUAAACAAGGAGGCACAAUUACUGCUGUUGGAACUGAAUACUGUAUUUACUUAUUUAUGCUCUAGUUUAUGCUCUAUCUAUGCUUAGUUUGCAAUUGUUACAUCAAAGCUAUAAUAUCAAUACAAAUAUUCAAUACAAAUAAAAGGCUGAAUUUGUU